AUGAUCGCAUCUGGCAGUGAGUGCAAUAAAUUAUGGGAUGAAAUAUUCAACGCAGCAACUCCUUCCGGGACUCAUCGCAGAAAAUGUCAUGACAAUGCUCUUUUCUGCAUAGCUGCCACGAUCCUAUCGUACGAACCCGAAAGUGGCGCCGAAAGGUUAGCCGUGAUAACGUUUGUUAACAAUCUUGGCUCUUGCUUCAAUUUGACAUUCGACAAAUAA